AUGACCCCCGUGUGCAAGGAAUGGCCGGGGUUGCCAUCCACUGGUGGUGUGGGGAACAACGACAAACUCGAGGAGCAGCAGAAGGAGAUGAAGAAGUAUGACUCGAAGGAGGCGGAGGCAGCCAACCUGCAGAAUGAAAACAGAGAGCUCAAGAAGGACCUUAAGGAAAAGGAAAUCAAAUUAAUCCAGAACCAGGUGAAGCAAGUGAAAUUUGGGCAUCAGCGAAGGUGUGAGAGUGAGGCGGGGGAUCAUGAAGCCGAGAAGGAAGGCCUCAAAGAGCAAACUGCAGAUCUUCAGGAAUGCAAUGCAACUUUACAGUCUCGUCUGGAAGAAGAAGGGCGCAAGAAUCGAGCACUGACGAGGCAGAUCCGAGAGGAGAGCGAGCUCACACGAGCAGACGCAGAGCACAAUGAAAGAGUGAAAAGUCUCAAAAGAAGGGAAAAAAGGAAAGAGGAAGAGGCAGACGAAGAGAGAGGCGAGCUUGAAAGCGAGCUCAGGCGACGAGACAAGAGGAUCGAGGCCCUCAAGAGGCAGUUCAGAGAGCAAGAACGAAAAACAAAACUUCAAUCCUCAGCCUCAGACAGGAGGAGCAGGGCCUGGGGAGCAGCUGGCCGGGACGAGACUCCGCCAGCAGCUGCCACGGACGGGGCUAGGGGAGCGGCGGGCGGGAGAGACAAGCCUCGGCAGGCAGCUGGUAGCAGAGGCAAGGCUAGGAAAGCAACAGAAAGCGACGAGCCAGUGCAGGUCGCAGGCAGGAGGGAAGGGGCAGGGCGAAAGGCAGACAGGAGGACCAUGUUUAAAGGGGUAGCCAACAGGAACAAGUCGUCACAAGAAGUCGGCGACGAGUCAUCACAAGAAGACGACAGCGACGAGUCGUCACAAGAAGUCGGCGACGAGUCGUCACAAGAAGAGAGCAACGAGUCGUCACAAGAAGACGACAGCGACGAGUCGUCACAAGAAGACGACAGCGACGAGUCAGUGUGAUUUCAUUCAACUUUGAAAGAUCGUGUGUAAAAUAACGAAUAAAUAUGUAGAGUA